AUGGUGGAAGAAGGUAAGAUAAAGUACAUCGGUCUAUCUGAAGCUAAUGCAGACACAAUUAGGAGAGCACAUGCCAUUCAUCCAGUCACUGCUUUACAAAUGGAAUAUUCCCUUUGGACCCGUGAUAUUGAGGAAGAACUGAUUCCAUUGUGCAGUCAGGUUACGACACAUUUCGUGGAGGAUUCUGGAAUUAUUUCAGCAUGGGUAAGUCUCAAUAUUUUAAUCAAAAUUCUAGAAACUUCCAAGGGUUUUGCUAUAUUUAAUGAAUAUAUUUAUGAGUUAAAAGUUUGUGAAGAUGAAGCUGAAAGCAUAGCGAAGGCAAAACGAGAUGAGGAGGAGAAAUUAAGGGAAAAAGAACGGCCAUUUCAUAAGAGGAAAGAGAGAGAAGAACAGGAAGUAGAGAGGUUCUCCUCUGUUGACCAUGGAGUAAGCAAGCUGUCUCUUCUGUCAAAGGUGUUAGCAGUGACUGUGAGAUUCAUUCAAAAGGAUGCAGAGAAGAAGAAAACAUCAUUCAACCCCAAACCGUAUUUCAAGUUAUUCAUUGAUUGGCUGCUUGAACUUAGUACCCUUGAUCCGGUUUUGAAGGUUCUGACAUGUCUAGAAACCUCCUUCCAUGCCCUGCUGCCUCUCAAAGUUCCUGCAUUCAGGUUAUUCUCUUAGAAAGGAAAUUGUCAAAGGAGAUUGUCAAAGGAGAAAUUAGACAUGG